GAGAUUCAAUACCUUGAAAUUUCUACUUACAAAAGAUCAUUUGCGGACCCCAGUGUUCAAAAAGAAAUUGCUGAAAGUUUAACUGUUUCAGAAAAACUAUUGUGUAGAAACUUUAGAAGAAUUAUUACAGGUGGAAAAGGUAGCAAACCUGUAGCUAUUUUAAUUUCUCCUUUUUUAAACGAGAAAAUUGAGCUGAUGAUUAAAAUAAGGGAAAAAAUAAAAUAAAUUCCAGAAGAUAAUAAAUACAUAUUUGCAAAUCCCAAUUCGUCGAAAGGUUGGUUUCAUGGAAUAAGUGUAAUUAAACAAUUUGCAAAAAACUGUGGGGUAAAGGAUCCCAACUCUCUAACUUCUACCAAAUUUCGAAAACAGACUGCAACAAUUUUACAGAUUAUGGACAUUAAUAAUACUGACAUGGAACAAUUAGCCACUUUUAUGGGUCAUACAAAGAAAACCCAUGAAGAAUGGUAUAGACUUCCUCAAGAUCUAUACCAGACUGCAAAAAUAGCCAAACUAAUGAUCGCUUUAAAUAAAGGUGAUGUUAAUAUUUACAAAGGAAAGAGCUUAGACGAUAUCAAUAUAGAAGAAAAUGACUACUUGGAAAUUGAAAACAUAGAAACAGAAGUAAAUGAAAUAAAUGAAAAAGAAAAAGUUUCGUCGAAGGGUAAAAGAAAGUUAUUUACCGAUGAAAUGACGCAUCCAAUGCAAAAUAAUAAAGUUACAAAAAGAAAGGAGGUGCCAACUACUGAAAAAACCGAAAGCACUUCAAAUGCGAUUGCAAGGCACCGAUGGACCGAAAAGGACAAACAAACUAUGCUUAAAUACUUUACAAGAUUCAUAAAAGAAAAAAGGGUUCCGAAAAAAGCAGACGUACAGGAAUUAAAAAAAAAAUAAAGCUGGAGAAAACUUUAAAUCAAUUGAUUGGG